GGGGUGUGGUGGCACAAUCUCGGCUCACUGCAAACUCCGCCUCCUGGGUUCAAGCAAUUCUCCUACUCGGGAAGCCAAGGUGGGAGGAGCACUUGAGCCAGGAGUUUCAAGUCCAGCCUGGGCAACACAGCGAGACCUCCUCUCUGCAGGUUAUAAAUAUUUGCAUCCUAGCUUUCAUGAAGUUGCCUUCCUGAAAUUGAGAAUCAGAUUAGAAAUCUACAGCUGUGAAAAGGGCCUUGUGUGUCACUGGAUUUAACAGUUCUCAAUGGCACCACUCUAGAGAGCUUGGGAAAACAACCUUGCAGGAUUGUGUAUUUUGGUCGUCUUCACAGUUUGCAGAGGGUACCAGUCUUUUCAAGAACUUGAGGCUGAUGUGAGGCUCAAGUUUGUCCUUUUAAGGUCAUCCUGCAGAGUUGAUAAAACUGUAAAUGCUCUUGGUCAUUCUCAUGCUUACUUGGAUUUUAGUAGGCCAAACAAAAUGACAACAGGCCUCUUCUUGUUUUGUUUUGACGUGACCAGCUUAUGAGAUAUUAAGUGCCAGUUUCCUUACUUGGUCUGUUUUUGUUUGUUUUCCCCAAGAUAAUUGAGGAUAAUAGAACUGAUGAGGCAGGCUCCCCUUAAAAAACUCAAUCUGUCAACCAAUAUUUCGUUGCUUCUUAUGUUGGGCAUUGGCUAUGGAGAGUGAGGGAGACUGGAGUGAAGAAUGGUACCUACAUUUCUGCUUUGGGCAUCUGGUGGAUGGUAGUGUUAUUUACCAAGAUAGGGAAUACCAAAAGAAUAGUUUUGGUGUAAGGGUUCAUGAUUUUAUAUAUGUAUAUAUAGGAGUUCUUUUUUCAUUCACUAAUGUCUUACCCAUCUUCUCAUGCCAGUUAAUAAAGUUGCAUGUACUAAUAAUAACCACAUAGAGUUGUAUAACUUAAUCAGUUUGGGUGGUUUUACCACUGUUGGUACUUACCUCUCUUGUAUUCAAUAAUUAAUGUUUGUGGAUACAAAUUAGCAGCUACUGUAUGCCGUGCAAAAUGCUUUACAUAUGUCAUCAAAAAGUUGGUAUCCCUUUUCCAUUUCACAAAUGGGGAAACUGAGGCAUAGAGGUUAAGUAACUGUGAUAUCACACAGCCAAUAAAUGGCAGAAUGAAAAUUUUUAAACAGCUGUAUUGACCUAAAGUCUACAUACCCUAAAGUUCACCUUUAAUGUACAGUUCAUUGGUUUUUAGUCCAGUUGACUCUUGGACAGUGUGGGAGUUAGGAGGACCAACCCCCACAGUCAAAUAUCUGUGUUUAACUUUGACUCCCCUAAAACUUAACUAAUAGCCUGCUGUUGACCGGGAAGGCUUACCAAUAACAUAAACAGUUGAUCGCAUAUUUUGUAUGUUACAUGUAUUUUAUAAUGUAUUCUUACAAUAAAGUAAGCUAGAGAAAAAAUGUUACUAGAAAAUCAUAAGAAAAAAUAUAUUUACUGUUCAUUAAGUGGAAAUGAAUCAUAAAGAUCUUCAUAUUUACUGUCUUCACGUUGAGCAGGCUGAGGAAGAGGAAGGAUUGAUUGGUCUUGCUGUCUCGGGGUGGCAGAGGUGGAAGGAUGUGGAGGGGAUGGAAGGAGAAGCUGGCACAGUCAGUGUAACUUUACAGAAAUAAUUUCUGUCUGACUUUUUGCUUUUUCAUUUCUGUAAAAAUGUUUCUACGUGGUACCAAUCCUAAUUCCACCAUUUGUGUUAGUUUCAGUGCCUGUGAAAUAAAAGGGUCCGUAUUGUAAAAGAAGUCAAAAGCAGCCUUGAAUAAUCGGAACCCUUUUGCCAGAUCAUCUAAUGUCAAUAUGUUUUCUGGCAUUGCUACUUCAACAUCGUCUUCCUUGUCUGGCACUGGUUUGGAGCACUCAUCUCUAUCAAAUUGUCUUCUGCUAAUUCCUCUGGAAGAAGAAGCAGGAAGGAUAAAAGAUUGCUGGGACAACCAGGAAGCACCUGCUCUCUCCACGUGUAGUAAUGCCAAUAUCUUUCGAAGGAUAAAUGCCAUAUUGGAUAAUUCUCUGGAUUUCAGUAGAGUCUGCACUACACCUGUAAACCGAGGAAUUCAUGAUCAUUUGCCAGACUUCCAGGACUCUGAAGAAACAGUUACAAGCAGGAUGCUUUUCCCAACCUCUGCGCAAGAAUCUUCCCGUGGCCUCCCAGAUGCAAAUGACUUGUGCCUUGGCCUGCAGUCCCUCAGUCUGACAGGCUGGGACCGACCCUGGAGCACCCAGGACUCAGAUUCCUCAGCCCAGAGCAGCACACACUCGGUACUGAGCAUGCUCCAUAACCCACUGGGAAAUGUCCUAGGAAAACCCCCCUUGAGCUUCCUGCCUCUGGAUCCCCUUGGGUCUGACUUGGUGGACAAGUUUCCAGCACCCUCAGUUAGAGGAUCACGCCUGGACACCCGGCCCAUCCUGGACUCUCGCUCUAGCAGCCCCUCUGACUCAGACACCAGUGGCUUCAGCUCUGGAUCAGAUCAUCUCUCAGAUUUGAUUUCAAGCCUUCGCAUUUCUCCACCUCUGCCCUUCCUGUCUCUGACAGGGGGUGGUCCCAGAGACCCUUUAAAGAUGGGGGUAGGGUCUCGGAUGGACCAAGAGCAAGCUGCUCUUGCUGCAGUCACUCCCUCCCCAACCAGUGCUUCAAAGAGAUGGCCAGGAGCUUCUGUGUGGCCAUCCUGGGACCUCCUCGAAGCUCCCAAAGACCCCUUCAGCAUAGAGAGAGAGGCCAGGCUGCACCGACAAGCUGCAGCUGUGAAUGAAGCCACCUGUACCUGGAGUGGCCAGCUUCCUCCCCGGAACUAUAAGAACCCCAUCUACUCUUGCAAGGUGUUUCUAGGAGGUGUUCCUUGGGAUAUUACAGAAGCUGGAUUAGUUAACACCUUCCGUGUUUUUGGCUCUUUGAGUGUGGAGUGGCCUGGUAAGGAUGGCAAGCACCCCCGGUGUCCUCCCAAAGGGUAUGUGUAUCUGGUCUUCGAACUAGAGAAGUCUGUCCGAUCCUUGCUUCAGGCUUGCUCUCAUGACCCGCUGAGCCCAGAUGGCCUGAGUGAAUAUUAUUUCAAGAUGUCCAGCCGAAGGAUGCGCUGCAAGGAGGUGCAGGUGAUCCCAUGGGUAUUAGCCGACAGUAACUUUGUCCGGAGCCCAUCUCAGAGGCUUGACCCCAGCAGGACGGUGUUUGUCGGUGCUCUGCAUGGAAUGCUAAAUGCUGAGGCCCUGGCAGCCAUCUUGAACGACCUAUUUGGUGGAGUGGUGUAUGCCGGGAUUGACACAGAUAAGCACAAGUAUCCCAUUGGAUCUGGUCGUGUGACUUUCAAUAACCAACGGAGUUACCUGAAAGCAGUCAGCGCUGCUUUUGUGGAGAUCAAAACCACCAAGUUCACAAAGAAGGUUCAGAUUGACCCCUACCUAGAAGAUUCUCUGUGUCAUAUCUGCAGUUCUCAGCCUGGUCCUUUCUUCUGUCGAGAUCAGGUCUGCUUCAAAUACUUCUGCCGGAGCUGCUGGCACUGGCGGCACAGCAUGGAGGGCCUGCGCCACCACAGCCCCCUGAUGCGGAACCAGAAGAACCGAGAUUCCAGCUAGAGGAGCUGGCCUUGCCCAGUGGCCUGUGGCGCCCGAAGCUGGCAGGUCAGGCAAGCAGCUUGCACCACCCUGCCACUGGCGACCAGGGAGCUGGCUUCCCGAGGACAAGGGAAAGUUGUAGUCACCUUUGCACUUGCUGAAUCUGUCUUUGUUUCUGCACUAAUUAAUGCACAUUGAGUUUUGUCGGGUUUUGUUUUCGGGGGUAUACCAAGGGCAAGGACCCUCUGGCUUACCCUCCAAGCGACUCUGUAGUUUUCCCAGAUUUUAGUUCCUCAUUUUGCAGAUGAAAAGCGGAAAAAAAAAAAAAAAAAAAAAAAAAAAAAAAAACUACGUGUCCAGAAGGUAUUGAGGUAUUGACACGGAUGCCUACACCUAGGUUUAUUUAUUAAAAGCGCUUUUUUACAUUCCUUGCAAUACUGAUGGUGGUGAUGCGCAGGUCUCAUUGGUUUCAUUCUUGCAGUUGCCAUACAGUGCCUUUCCAUUUAUUUAACCCCCACCUGAACGGCAUAAACUGAGUGUUCAGCUGGUGUUUUUUACUGUAAACAAUAAGGAGACUUUGCUCUUCAUUUAAACCAAAAUCAUAUUUCAUAUUUUACGCUCGAGGGUUUUUACCGGUUCCUUUUUACACUCCUUAAAACAGUUUUUAAGUCGUUUGGAACAAGAUAUUUUUUCUUUCCUGGCAGCUUUUAACAUUAUAGCAAAUUUGUGUCUGGGGGACUGCUGGUCACUGUUUCUCACAGUUGCAAAUCAAGGCAUUUGCAACCAAGAAAAAAAAAUGUUUUUGUUUUAUUUGAAACUGGACCGGAUAAACGGUGUUUGAGCAGCUGCUGUAUAUAGUUUUAAAUGGUUUAUUGCACCUCCUUAAGUUGCACUUAUGUGGGGGGGGUGGGGUUGAUAGAAGUUUUUAAUCACAAAGUCACAGGACUUUUUUCUUUUGUAACUGAGCUAAAAAGGGCUGCUUUUCAGUGGGGGCAGAUGAAGGCUCACAGGAGCCCUUUCUCUUAGAGGGGGCAAGUACCCUUCCCUUAUAUCUUUAAUUUGAGGAAUGUAUGAGAUAACAGUUGCAGUUGACGGAAAUGCCACUGGAAUUUGAAAACUUGACUUUUUUCUUUCUUUCCUUUUUUUUUUUUUUUUUUAAAAAAAAAUACAAAAAAAAAAACCCACAAAAACUACUUGCCCCUCCUAGGGAAGCUGUGUGCCAAAGAACCAGUGUCAUAACCCCUCCCUCCUGCUGAGCUGACGUUGCAUUGUUGCAUAUCCCAGCUACUCUGUGGGUUUUGUGAAGCUGUGUGUGAAGUCUCUACCUCAUUGUAGUAUAUGCAGGCAAGACUGCACUCUCCUACAGAUGUGUGGAGUAAGCUGUGGUGUAGUUUUUUUGGCACAUAAUAAACACGUUGCAGCAGA